AUGGGUGACAAAGACAGAGGGUUUCAUGGGUAUUCAUCCUCUGGAUACCCGCCGAGUCAUGGGGCUUAUCCACCUGCUGGAUACCCAUCGCAUAAAGGUUACCCUCCCCACCUGGUGCCUACCCUCCAGCUCCUGGUUAUGGAGGUUAUCAUUCUGCAUAUGGUCAUGCUGGUUACCCUCCUACUGGCUAUCCUUCGCAUCACUCGGCAUUUGAUAAAGUUGGAGAAGGUGAAGACUAAGCUUGAAUCUCAAAAUGGACGUGAGCCAACAAUAGCUGAAUGGGCUGAAGCUUUGUGGCUAAGUGGACCUGUCUUGAAAUCUGAAAUCUACCGUGGCAGAAGCAGCAGGGAGAAGCUGAUCACUGCAAACUUGCGUCUGGUAGUUCAUAUAGCUAAACAGUAUCAGAAUCGUGGACUCAACUUUCAGGACUUAUUGCAGGUUAGCUCUCAAACAAACUACCGUCCAAGCAAAGAAGAACUCGCAAGCCACGUUGGUGUCUCAACAGAGAAGCUUGAUAAACUUAUGUACAAUACAAGAACACCUCUAUCAAUGCAACAACCCAUUUGGUCUGAUCAAGACAUCACCUUUCAGGAAGUGACACCAGACAGUGGGAUUGAGACACCAGACAUGAGCGUAUGGAAGCAAAUGAUGAGGAACCAUGUAAGGAAUCUACUCAAUGUGCUGAGUCCCAAGGAGAGGAAGAUCAUCAAGCUGUGGUUUGGGAUUGAUGGUGGGAAGCAGAGAUCGUUGUUUGAGAUAGGAGAGAUUUAUGGACUGUCUUAG